CACGACGCCGUCACUCAGUGUACUACCGACCGCUCGUGCCCGAGGACGAAUCGUCGUUUCUCGUAAGCGGCAUUUAUUACGCAGUUGCGAGAUUUGCCGACCGCGUGGGCAUUUGCAAGGUACCCUUGCCGUUGGACGCGCUCGUUUUUCGGAUGAUACCAAAGUGCAAUACCCAGUGAUAACUGUCAUUAAUACGAAAAAAGUUUCCUACGACUGCCAGAGACUUGUUAAAAACAGACAUUAAACUUUGCAGUCUUUGUUUUUUUUUCUUAGUGUUAGUGAUAAUCACGGACAACUAUAAUUUUAAGCUAUCUUACAAGGUUAACGCUUCUAGUCCGUCAGAGAUGAAUUGGAAAAUCGGCGCGUAGUCGCUCACGUGGUGCACGCCCCGCCCCCACCUCGCUCCGCGCUUAUAUUUAGCGAAAAUCGCCUCUAGGGAGCGGCCCGACGGCAGAUACGUAAACGCUCAUCUCUGUUUAUGCACGACGCCACAUGUUAUCGGCUUCGUGUAACAGGGCGAUAAGGAGUUAGAUAACCUUUGCGGAUCGCGGACUGAGUCUGACUGAUCACGUUCUGGAAAUAUAAAUAAUUCAGUUUAAAAAAUAAACUUCUGUUGUGAUGGUAAAAACCAAAGUAGAUUCGCGCCAUUGAGCGUUGCGUACGACACACCCACCAAAAAAUUCCACGGCCUAUCAACAUUACGCAUCAAAAUGUCUUUACAAAGAGGAAGUAGUUAUCAUAGUCCAUGGUCUUCGCAGACAGGGCUCUCAGAACUUGAUGGAACUAUGGUAGAAUUGGACCCCGUAGGAGAAUUAGCAGAAGUUGGCUUUGAACCACAAACGCGCGCUCGUUCCAACACGUGGCCACUGCCCAGGCCAGAAAACUAUAUUGAACCUGAAGAUUCUGGCUCCAAAAAGAAUUCCAAUCAGAAUUUAAGUGGUGCUCCACCUUUGCCAACUUCUGUUACAACAAAAAAGAACUCUUCGCGGCGUAACGCUUGGGGCAAUCUUUCCUACGCUGAUCUCAUCACACAAGCCAUAACCUCCUCUCAGGACAAUAGGUUAACGUUGUCUCAAAUAUAUGAGUGGAUGGUCCAAAAUGUGCCAUAUUUUAAGGAUAAGGGCGACAGUAACUCCUCUGCUGGAUGGAAGAACUCGAUCCGGCAUAACCUGUCCCUACACAACCGGUUCAUGCGGGUCCAGAACGAGGGUACAGGAAAGUCGUCAUGGUGGAUGAUCAACCCGGAUGCAAAACCUGGGAAGUCAGUGAGAAGGCGUGCUUUAUCGAUGGAGACAUCAAAGUCAGAGAAAAGGCGAGGCAGAGUUAAAAAGAAGCCUGAAGCAUUAAGAAAUGGAGUCGCAGCUGACGCUACACCGAGUCCGAGUAGUUCAAUAUCCGAAAGUAUCGACACUUUUCCCGAUUCCCCGAUACACAGCAGCAGUUUUCAGUUAUCACCGGACUUCCGUCAGAGGGCCUCAUCCAACGCGUCAUCUUGCGGUCGGAUGUCUCCAAUACCUUCUUUAAUACCCUCGGAGCCAGACUGGGGAUCAGAUUAUAACCCUGUAGGAGACUUUGCUUCGACCAGUGAUUUCUCUCCAGCUGAUUACACUCAAGACCAAGACCUAGCAGGAACCCUCGCUGAUUCAAUGAAAUUACACGGAACAGAUCCAUUUCUAAAUACGUACGUUCCGACAACUUCAUCGUCGUCAUCGGGUGGAAGUUAUCGCUUCGCAUAUGGCGCUUGUCCGCGACACCCACACGGCGGCUGUGCCUGUGCGUCGUUAUAUCCUGCACAUCCAGCGCACCCCGCGCACCCCACUCAUCCGCACCAACAUGCGCUAGACCAUUUUGUCAGACCACCGCCACCCGCUGAUCCCGCUGACAUUAUGCUAACUGAAAACAGUCAGACACAAAUGGUGACGACGGCGGACCCCACGCUCAUGAACGGUGGUGUAAUGGUGCAGACAGGUGCCGUGGGCCCCACGACGGUAAUGGGGCAGAUUAUGGGAGCUCUUUACACUGGGCUCUCGGAGGACUUAAAUAUUGAGACUUUAGAACACAACUUCGACUGUAAUGUCGAUGAGGUCAUACGUCAUGAACUCAGCAUGGAUGGUACACUAGACUUCAAUUUUCCCCAGCAAAAUACCGCGAUGGCGGCCGAAGCGGAGAGUCAGUUCGUAGCACCCGCACCACCCGUGCCCACGACACUCUCAGGUGGUGGAGCUUCCCACACCCCCUACUCCGGACCCCCCUCUUGGGUCCACUGAAAAAAAAUUAGUUACCUGCUUACAUGUUGAAAUAUGUAAAUGCCAUAUUCAACACAUACGUUUAUCUGUAAAUACGACGCAAACAGAUUCUGUUCGAGUUGUUACUUUUGCAUGGUAGUCGAGAUUUUUGUUUAUCAUGUUAACUAAUGUUAGAAUUUUAUUUAGCGUUAAUGUUAAGCGGGCCGUUACCGAUCGUUGUUAAAGUGUCAAUUGUGUUAGUGUAGGUAUUAGUCGUAAGCUAGGUGGAAGCUUGUGAUAUGAGUAGUAUAUUAAUGUGUAGAGGACCGAGGAGGGGGGCAUAUGAUGGGACCUUAUCCAGUGGUUAAAAAGAUUUAUCAAGGUCUGCAUUGAUGAUACUGUCCUCUUUCUGAAGAAAUUUUAAACUGAAGAACAAUUAAAAUAAAUUUUUGCUACGAAAAUUAUUUCGAAGUGAAAUAUUGACAUUAAAAUCUAUUUUAUUGGGUGAUAAAAGUUAAAGGAGUGCGUUGUAUAUUUGCAAAAGGACUGAGGUAAAAGAAAAAAAAAAAUGUGUCCUCGCGUAUAUGUUAUUUAUAAGAAAAGGACGAAUAAUUUGAAAAAGUGAUAUAUGUAUAUAUAUUUUUUUUAUAUGGCACGUAUUUUGGAUUUUCCGAGGACUAUACUUUAAACAAAAAUAGUCAAAUCAGGGUAUUUUUUACCCGAUUAUAUGUUCGCCCGAGCAUUCGAAUCGAAGACCUAAUUUAUGUACAUUUCAAUUUAAAAAUAUCUUACCAUAUAGGUAGGUACAUCGAUUGACUCUUAAAUGUUUUUGUGCGGGCCAAUUUUAUGAAAUUUUUUAAGAUAACUAAUUUAUAGGAUGAUAUAUAAAUGUUAUUUGUAUUUUAAAUUAAAUCGAGUACAACUUGCGUUUUCAAUCAGUAGUUUCAGUAUUUUAAUAAAAUUAUAUUUAUAAAUUAAUAAACAAUUUGUUUAUUCUUAUUUAUGAUUUAAAACUGAUAAUACUUAUGCAAACUGUGAAUUCGCAACGAGCAAGAACUGACUCAAUAGUGAAAAUGAUAAAACUAAAUAGUUAAAUAGUUUGAUAUGAUUCCAGUAAGUUAAUUUUAAACAUAUCGUAUCAAUGAUUAAUUUCUCACGCAACAGGUUUGUUUCAUUUAAUUGAUCAAAAUAAAAUUAACUUCAACGUGGACGAAUAGAUGUAUGUAUAGUGUGGAUAAAUAUCCUUUGAACUAUAUCAAAAUGAACUAUUUAAAAAUCGUGUACAAAAAUGUCGUUCAACGAUUGAAUGUUAUAAGAUCGGUGAGACGUGUGGGAAAACAUGUUGAUGAAAAGCACAAACAAAAGUCAAUAUAGUCAGAUCUCUAGUCCCAGAUAAUAAAUAUUUCGAAUAAGCUACUUCUUCAACUAAACGCAGUAGAUAUUAGUUGUUAGUAGCGAAGGCUAUCGCGUAAAAUUACUCGAGCAAAGCGAGUUCACUUUGUAAAUUACCUCAGUGGACUGUUUGUGAUAGAUUUAUCAAAUAAGUGUUCAAUUUAGUAAAUUUAAUGUAAGUCAAUUCCUGUAAUAUUUGACGUCCAUAUAAAUGUAUUUUAGUGCACAAAUUAACUUCUUUAUUUCUUUUGCGGAUGAUAACCACACAUAUUAAUUUAAAUUAAGUUUCCAAAAACAAAUAUAUAUAUCUAAUUAUGUUAACCGCUAAAUUUCCGCUCUUUAUUCAAUAGUAAUUAUAACAUAUACAAUACAGCUGAUAUUGGUGCUAUAGUUAAUAUUUUAAUGAAACCUUUCGAACGCUUGUUUUUAUUUUAACUAAGAUUGAACGAAUUAUUAAAUUCCAAUGUAGUAAUGCGGUACGCUAUAAUUAUAUGCUAUGUCUAUUUUCACUUGACCUUAGAAAACUUGGGACAACGGACGUUUUAGAAUCAUUUAAUAUAAUUUCGUAGGAACUUAAAAUAGAUAGGAAAUUCGUAGUUUUAAUUAAUAUUCGAUUAUCUGACUUUAAGUCAUUUAUAUUUUCAAUGUAGUAUUUGUUUUAUUAUCUUCGUAAUUUGUAGUAACCAUUGCCAAAACAAACAUAUGUAUAACAAUGUGUAACCAUAAUUAUUAUUAUUGUAUUAAAUGAAUUGAAAAACUUAAAAUGAAAUGUAUAAUAAGGUGACUAGCCUGUUUUGGUGGUAUCUCAGAAAGGUAGAAAGAACGUUAGUUAAUGGUAAUGUAUAUCAUAUGGUUGUUGAUAUGUGUAAUAUUAAUUUAGAAAAUACAUAAGCAGAGGUCAAUCCAUAUGGUCAAUUAAGUAUGGACAGAAUUUAAAUGUUCCACGUUUGUAUUUAAACGUGAAACCUUGCACUAUGGUUGUAAUGUGCUUUUAAUAUUAGGACUGUGAGAGAAAAUUGUCAUUUGUGUAAAUUUAUGAAAGGAUUUAAAGACUUUCGUAGCGUUAUCAUUCUUAAAGAAAAAUAGUUCUCACAAGUAACAGAAAAUUACCUUAGUCCGAUCUCAUAGAAAAUUUAAAUAAUGUAAGCAGGUAUGAUGGCUUGCCCGAUUUAUUGUUAGAGCUAUGGCCAAUCAAGUAUUGAGGUAACUAAAUGGUUUGAGGUAGUAAAAUUAAUUUACAACAUAGUAAUGUUAAUUUUAUAUAACUCAUAAAUUAAUCGAGAUGAUUCAAAAGCCCGUAAAUGGUGCUAGUCUUUAUUUUUUCGAAUAAUAAAUAAGCAUCAUGAACUAUAUUAAAAAUAUAAAUAUGAAAAGAAUUAAAUGAAUGAAAAAUAAUGAAAAAAAUUACAUCGAAUAGCGCCAGAGCCAAGUUAUUACUGUGUAAGAAUUUUAUUGCAGUUGUUUUGUUUACAGUUUUUGUGUUUUCUAUGUGAUCAGACUAUAUAAUAUUAUUAGUAUUUUUGUAGAAAAUUUAAAUGUACGCCAUAUAUGCCGUUGUAUUUAAAAGGACUAGGGACACGUUCAUCAUAACAUUAUUACUCAGAAUACAGAAUAAUUCUGAGCAUUAUUAUCUAUUAAAUUUAAAAACUAAACAUGCUCAAUAAAUGUAUAAUCGAAAUAAAUGUACAAAGAGAGGUCCAUUAAAAUUUUUCAUUACUUAUUAAAUUAAUUUACCUUUUUUAGAUAUUAUCUAUGUUUUUUAUUCUUUUCAGAAUUAAGGAAGAUUUAUUGUU